GAGCGAUUGAACAAAACUAAAAAUAUCUUCUUGAAAAGGCCAUUUUUGAUGAUGUAUAUACGACGUUGAGAGAAUCAUUAGUUGCCAUAUAUAGUAAACAGUAAUCUCGUCUUCACUCUCCAAAGACAACACUCUCACCACUCGUCUCUAGAUUCACGGUCUGAACAAGCAAAGGGAAUGAUGAAUCUAGGAACGCUUUCUUUGACCACCACCAAGUCGAGUAAGCCAAUGGUUAGUCUUAGCUUUUGGAUACCGUAUUUCACUCACUGGGGACAGAGCUUGCUUGUCUGUGGCUCGGCUCCUGGACUUGGUUCCGGGAAUGUGAAGAAAGGUUUGCUGCUUAAGCCGUCUCAGCAAGAGGACCAGCUCAUCUGGAGUGGCUCUGUUUCUGUUCCACCUGGGUUUAGCUGUGAUUACAGCUACUAUGUUGUGGAUGAUUUGAAGAAUGUGUUGAGGUCUGAGUUUGGGAUGAAGAGGAAACUUGUUGUGCCUGAGACAUUGACUGGUGGAGAGUCUGUCCAGCUUCGUGAUCUCUGGCAGAGUGGGGAUCAAGCUCUCCCAUUUAGAAGCGCUUUUAAAGAUGUCAUCUUUCGCAACACUGGCGAUGUGGAAGUAGGAAAGCCUCUUGGGGUAUUUGAGAAUAAGUCUGAUCAAGAUGAUUCAGUUGUUGUCCAGUUCAAAAUCUGUUGUCCAGACGUUGGUGAGGGAACAUCGGUGUAUGUUUUAGGCACCUCAGGGAAGUUGGGGAAAUGGAAAGUUGAAAGUGGACUUAGACUCAACUAUGUUGGUGACUCCAUGUGGGAAGCAGAUUGCUUGAUCCCUAAAGCAGACUUUCCUAUCAAGUAUAGAUACUGUAAAGUUCCGAAGGAUGGUACCAUAGGUCUUGAAUCUGGUGGCAAUCGAGAGCUUACUCUUCACUCAUCCAGUAACAAACAGGAAUACAUUGUCAUGUCAGAUGGUUUGUUUCGAGAAAUGCCAUGGAGGGGUGCUGGUGUUGCAGUUCCAAUGUUCUCUGUUAGAUCAGACGAUGAUGUUGGUGUUGGAGAGUUUCUCGAUCUGAAGCUGCUUGUUGACUGGUCUGUAGAUUCCGGGUUGCAUCUGGUACAACUUUUACCUGUAAAUGACACAUCCGUGCAUAAGAUGUGGUGGGACUCGUAUCCCUACAGUUCCCUAUCUGUGUUUGCAUUGCAUCCAUUAUAUCUUAGAGUACAGGCUCUAUCUAAAAAUUUGCCAGCAGACAUAAAGGAAGAAAUUGAGAAGGCAAAGAAGCAACUGGACAAGAAUGCUGUUGAUUAUGAGGCUACUAUGGAUACUAAGCUUUCAAUCGCCAAGAAAAUCUUCCACCUCGAGAAAGACCAGACGUUAAAUUCAAGCUCUUUCGAGAAGUUCUUCUCUGAGAACGAGGGAUGGUUGAAACCAUAUGCAGCUUUCUGCUUUCUCCGUGACUUUUUCGAGACUUCAGAUCAUAGCCAGUGGGGGACCUUCUCUGACUACACAGAAGAUAAGCUUGAGAAAUUGACAUCGAAGGAUAGCUUGCACUACAACACUAUAUGCUUCCACUACUACAUCCAGUACCACUUACAUGUACAGUUGUCAGAAGCAUCAGAAUAUGCAAGGAAGAAAGGAGUCGUGCUGAAAGGAGAUCUACCUAUUGGCGUUGACAGAAACAGUGUCGACACAUGGGUUAACAAAAAUCUGUUCCGCAUGAAUACGUCAACAGGGGCACCUCCAGAUUAUUUUGACAAAAAUGGUCAGAACUGGGGAUUUCCUACUUACAACUGGGAGGAAAUGUCAAAAGACAACUAUGGUUGGUGGCGUGCUCGCUUAACACAGAUGGGAAAAUAUUUCACAGCCUAUAGGAUUGACCAUAUUUUAGGAUUCUUCCGUAUCUGGGAGCUUCCAGCACAUGCUAUGACUGGUUUAGUGGGGAAGUUCCGUCCAUCUAUUCCAUUAAGUCAGGAAGAGUUGGAAAAGGAGGGAAUAUGGGAUUUUGACCGAUUAAGCAAGCCUUAUGUCCAGAAGAAGUUUCUUGAGGAGAAAUUUGGAGAUUUCUGGCCAUUCAUUGCAUCAAAUUUUCUUAAUGAAACUCAGAAGGACUUCUACGAGUUCAAGGAGGACUGCAACACAGAGAAAAAGAUUGCAUCAAAGCUGAAGUCAUUAGCUGCAAAGUCUCUGUUGCUAGAAAAUGAAGACAAAGUUCGUCGUGAUGUCUUUGACAUUUUACGGAAUGUUGUUCUGAUCAAAGAUCCAGAGGAUGCAAGAAAGUUCUAUCCUCGCUUUAACAUUGAGGAUACUUCAAGUUUUCAGGAUUUGGAUGAUCACAGCAAAAAUGUUCUGAAGAGACUAUACUAUGACUACUAUUUCCAUCGCCAAGAGGAUCUAUGGAGGAAAAAUGCUUUGAAAACCUUGCCUGCUCUGUUGAAUUCAUCUAAUAUGCUGGCCUGUGGGGAGGAUCUCGGCCUAGUUCCAGCUUGUGUACAUCCUGUUAUGAAAGAACUAGCUUUGGUUGGCCUACGCAUCCAGCGCAUGCCUAGUGAGUCUGAUUCGGAGUUUGGAAUACCUUCUAACUAUGACUAUAUGACGGUCUGUGCUCCUUCAUGCCACGACUGCUCUACACUGCGAGCUUGGUGGGAAGAGGAUGAAGAGAGAAGACAAAGAUACUUCAAGGAAGUGAUUGGCGUAGAUGAAAUCCCUCCAAGUCAGUGUGUUCCAGAGAUAACACAUUUCAUUCUGAGGCAACAUGUUGAAGCUCCAUCAAUGUGGGCUAUUUUCCCACUUCAGGAUAUGUUGGCUUUGAAAGAAGAGUACACUGCUCGUCCUGCUAAAGAAGAGACUAUCAAUGACCCCACAAACCCUAAACAUUACUGGAGAUACCGUGUACAUGUGACGUUGGACUCACUUAUGAAGGACAUAGACUUGAAAUCAACCAUCAAGAACCUCGUUUCUGGUAGCGGAAGAUCUGUUCCAGCUUCUGGUGAAGAUGAUAACAACAAGAAAGGAGUUAUAGCCAAUGGUUCAACAAAGCCAAAACCAUGAAGAAAAAAAACAAGUCCUGAGAUCUUGCUACCAAAUCUUUGUUACACAACAUGUUACUUAUUCGUUAUUAUCACUCUAAAUAGUAUUUAAGCUCCCAACGUAUUUAUCUGUAAGGCAUGAAAAAAAACUAUGUAUUUGUUGUUACCUAUCCAAAAUAAAGUCUUGUGUUAAAAGGCC